AUUACACUUAUGCAUUUUUAAUAUUAAAUAAUUUGAUUGUAAUCUGUUACCAUUAAAUACAAAAAUGGCUACUAUUAAUACAAGACCGAAGUCUCCGACUCGAACUGAAGCAAUUGCUAAAGCGCUGCGACCAGGUCCAGUCUAUAACACAGGAGUACUUUUAGGGAAUUGGGUAGAAGAUAGGAUUGAAUGCCCUAAAAGAGGUACACUGUAUUUUCCACCUGCAGAAAAAAUUGAUUAUGAAAAGUUGAAACCUGAAUCCAGACAACCUGAGUUUCGGAUUAACAAAUUAAAUAGUUUACAGGGGAAUGUGCGUUCAAUAAUCAAGCAUGAUAGCCACGACUCAUGCGGUAAUUUUGCUACUACAACAGACUUAGUGUAUAAUGUUCUACCUAAGCCACUGUGUGGACCAAUUAUGCGCUAUUACAAAAGAAGUGCCCACCAGUUUUAUCCACAACCGGAUCUCACAAAAUGCUUCGGAAAUGUAACAGAAUGGGGCUUAAAAAAUAGUUUGGAAUAUGAAUGGGCAUGCACUGAUGUCUCUGAUUAUUCGUCAACUCUUUACGAAGAUACAUACUUUCCUCCUUUGCCUAAUCAAUACCUACAGAGCUGUGAAAGAAAAGCGCGAAAUUCGAGCUUCACAAAAAGUUUUCACUAUAAGAUGACAAAAUCAAAACAAUGAUAACAUCAAGAAUCAUUUUUUUUUUCACUUUUUGCAAAAAUUACUAGUCUUUUAAUAUCACAUUUUGUUCGAGACAGGACAGUGACGUCCAUAUAAAAAUUGUAACAAUACAAUAAUUCUUAAUGCUUUCAUAUCGCCGUCACCUGGCACCAACACGAGAUCAGCAAAUGGACUUACAACUAACUUCACUCAAUAAUUACAACUAAUAA